CCAGACCGCUCUCUCUCUCUCUCUCUAUCGCUUUCAUCUUCAAUCCUGAGAAAUAACAUUCAGAAAACAUUCUGCAAAAUCUGACAAAAGGACAACUAACUUCUCAGCAUCUGGUUUUAUUGGUAGUUCAGUGUGGGAUUUUACUUCAUCACUAUGUUGACCACUGCAGUCAUUAUUCUGGGAUUAGCAAAUCUAGGACAGGUUCACAGAGUGGCUGGUGAAGACCUGGAUAUGGCACCCAAUUCAGUAGAUGACAAAUAUGAGGGUUGUAGACAGGACAUGUUAAACCAUUUGGAGACAUUUAAAAAAAAAGAAAUCUCUUCUAACCUUAACUUUGCAGGUACUUGGGAAAAAUAUAAAGAUAAAACAGGAAAUGAUCAAUUGACAGCAAACAUUGCUGUGUACAGUGAUGACAAAGUAUAUAGACCAUUUAAUACAGCUACCCGUACUGGUAAAGCCAACUACAUAGACGAGACAUACGGAUGGUAUUCGCUUCACUUUUUGCUGACAGAUGCAAUACAGAUUUUGAAUAAGAAACAGAAAGAAGCACAAACAAACUGCAUGACAACUUAUCGUGGCAUCAAUGUUCCAUUUAGUGAAAGUGCUCUGAACCAUGAGGUACGGUUUGGUCAGAUUGCAUCUUCAUCAACUGAUCGUGCAGUAGCAAAGAUAUACGGUGAUGAUAAAUUUUGUUUUGAAAUCCAAACUUGUGAAGGUGCUGAUGUGUCAACAUAUUCUAAGUAUGGUGAUAAUGAGAGAGAGGUGCUGAUUCCUCCAUAUGAGAAGUUUAAAGUCACUGCUGUCAAGAAAGAUGACUGGUGUAAAACAGUUUUCUACUUGAAAAGUACAGGAACACAAAGUAACCUGAACUGUAAAUUUGUCCAAGAAUAUGAGAAAAUUAAACAUAACACUUUGUAG